AUGAAGCAUGGCGUCGCGCUCCGCAAGUUCUCGAGGACAUCAUCACACAGAGACUUAAUGCUUCGCAACCUCGUCUGCUCUCUCUUCGAGCACGAGCAAAUCAGGACCACCUUGCCAAAAGCAAAGGAUACAGCUCGGCUCGCAGAGAAGGUAAUCACGUUAGGCAAACGGAAAGACCUUUCCUCUUACCAGAAUGCUCGCGCGUUUCUUCUCAAGCCCGAGCUGAUGCCCAAGCUCUUUGGUCAGUUCGCUGACCGUUACAAAGAACGUCCUGGCGGAUAUACUCGCAUACACAGACUUGGCUCGCGGCAGGGCGAUAAUGCUCCAAUGGCCUUGGUCGAACUGGUCGACAACGCGCACGACUUGCGAGUAGAGAUGACUGCACGCGCAAUAGGCCGUGAACUCUUGACCGACAGACUUCGCCAAGAGGCACCUCGGGAGCUUGCCGGAAAGGGAAUCGAUGACGCCCAUGAUAUCUUGCAAAGGGAGGUUAUGUCGGAUUCUUCGGACAACAGUCAGCUGCGUCCGAAGACAAAGCUGAACUUGCAGAAGGUCUUAAAGUUCAAUGAUUCAAACUUUGGGGUUCUCUCGCAAAAGGCGACAGCUUAUAUGGUGAGCACACCUGAUUUUUGUCUCAAUUCGCGUUUUUCAACGUUCUGCAGGGUCAACUACUGGCAAAACCUUUCCAGCAACGACAGAAGCAAGCCAAGAACAACAAGAAAGACGCUAUUAUCGCCUCGACGGGCAAAGUCCCAAGACCGCGUAUAUCACCCUACCGUGAGCGAGCAGGAGCAGCUUCCCUGGGCGAAAUGCAGCCAGCGAUGCGUAUCGCCAAGGGUGCAUUAG